CUCAAUCGCACCUAACUUUGCGAUUCUCGUCAUCGGCGAGCAAGUCAUGACGUCGCGUAUCCGACCACCCCGAGUAACCACAAAGUGUGCAUGCAGAACAUAAAGUAGACUUCAGCAGUUGCUGAACUGAUAACUACAGUUACAACUAUAGUCAGAACUACAGCUACAACUACAGCUUGAAUCUAACCACCCACAACCAUGUCCUCUGCAAACCAACCACUCCGCCAGUCGGGCGUCUAUCGCAACCUCCCGUCCUUCGAUCCAUCGCUCAAAGGCCUGAAAGCAAUAGUAUGUGGUGCUUCGGGCAUCUCAGGCUUCAACACAAUACGCUCGCUCCUUGACACUCCAGACCGCUGGUCAACCGUCUACGCACUCUCCAGAAGCAAGUUGUCUGACAAUCUACUGUCCCUUUUCACAAAAGAGCAAGCCUCGCGCAUCAAGCACGUCUCGAUUGAUCUUGGAUCUUCUGCCGAGGACAUUGCAAAAUCCCUCCGCGAUGGCGACGUCUCUGCUGACUACGUCUUCUACUAUGCCUACCUGCCACCCAAAUCCGACAAGAACGCCAUGGACCCCAGCCAGGCCGACGAGCUCGUCGAGGCAAACGUAGGCCCAUUCAAAAACUUCCUCAACUCCCUACCCCUCGCGGGACUCAAGCCAAAACGCAUCCUCCUCCAGACCGGAGGCAAGAACUACGGAGUGCACAUUGGCCGUGUGCGCACACCCGUCGUCGAAUCCGACCCGCAGCCCCGACACCUCAUGCCCAACUUCUACUACCCACAAGAAGACGCACUAAAAGCCUUCUGCAAAGAGCACCCAGAAACAUGCUGGAACGUGAUCCGCCCCGCCGCAAUCAUCGGCACAACCGCCCACCCCUCAAUGAACACAUUCCUCAUCUUCGCCGUCUACGCCGCCGUCCAAGCCCAGAAAGGACAACCCCUCGACUUCCCCUCCGACAUCACUACCUGGCAGGCCGAAGGCUGCCACUCCUCCGCCCGCCUCACCGGCUUCCUGAGCGAAUGGGCCAUCCUAGAAGAUAAGUGCGCAAACCAGGACUUCAACGCCCAGGACGGCGGGGCCAUGACUUGGGACCGCUUCUUCAACGAGCUCGCCCGCUGGUACGGCGCACCGGGCGUCAGCCCCCUCACCACCGACGACGCAGCAUUCAAGAUCCAAACUACAGCCGGCGGCGCCGACGCACCUCUCGGCUACGGGCCCCCUCUGACCAUCAAAUCAACCUUCUCGUACGCCGACUGGGCAGCCGACAAGGCGAAUAAGGCCGCUUGGCAGGAACUCGCGAAGAAUUCCAACGGCCAGCUCGACGCCGAUGUGUUCGAUGGUAAUAUGCAGGACGCGCCCAUGGCGGACUUUGUGUGGGCUAAUUGGGGAUCGCUGUCCAUGAAUAAGGCGAGGCGGUUGGGCUUCUGUGGGUUUGUCGAUACGCUGGAGAGUGUGUUUGAGAUGUUUGCGGAUACGGCGAAAUUGGGGUUGUUGCCUGAGAUGAAGGUUGAUGCUGCGAGGCCGCUGAUGUGAUGUACUGUAGUUUAAUGUGUAAUGAUUUUGAUGAGUAUGUUUCUUUGGCUUGGUAGUAAGUGUUGUGGGGUUUGAUGCUUUAUGUUCAUGAUUCUGUGUAUGGGUACGGGGUGUUGGUCUUGGGCUUGUAUGUGUAAUGUGUCUUCCCAAACUACAUGAUUUCCCAGUAUGGCAUGGUGAAAUCAAGACUCUGAUAAAAUGCGUUCGACAUACCUCCCAGCAUCCCAAUAAGAAUGACUAACUCUACACCCACAGUGAGUAAAUCCUACACUAGACCAACACCCGUACAGAACUACCAUCCUAUCUUGAAAUAACAAGCCAAAUCAGCAUACACUACAAGAACAGUACAUCACUAUCACACACAUAUCCAC